AGAGAAUCUAGAUGUUGCACGCUCAGCUCCACGUUCAUUUCUCUGAGCUCACUGCUGUCGGACGGAAGAGAGACUCUGGAAAAUGAUCAUUGCUUUGAGUCGCACGGAUAACUGUCCGCCUAUCUUUUUCAGCACGGUGUCUCCAACCUUACAGCACCUCUGUCUGCCUGCUGUACCUUUGAAGUAGGAGCAAAUGCCAAACACUUAAAACGACGUAGACAAAUCUACUGCUCUUACAAGAGGGUGAGAAAACCAAGUUGCCAUGGGAAACCAGUUGACAGAGAUUGCCCCCAACACACCAUUCCUGCCUAACUUCCAGUCUGUGCAUGUUGUGGUCAUUGGUCUGGACUCUGCUGGCAAAACCUCACUUCUCUAUAGACUGAAGCUUAAGGAAUUUGUGGAAACCAUCCCAACCAAGGGAUUUAACACGGAGAAGAUAAAGGUUCCUGUCGGAAACGGCCGUGCCAUGACCUUCCAGGUGUGGGACGUGGGUGGUCAGGAGAAACUCCGGCCACUGUGGAAGUCCUACACGCGGCGCACAGAUGGCAUGGUCUUUGUGGUGGACUCCACAGAGGUAGAGCGCAUGGAGGAGGCUAAGGUGGAACUGCACAAGAUCACACGCACGUCAGAGAACCAAGGAGUGCCGGUGCUUGUGUUGGCUAACAAACAGGACCUUCCAGUCGCGCUGGCUGUUUCUGACGUGGAGAAGGUUUUGGCUGUACACGAACUUAGUGCCUCCACCUUAAACCAUGUGCAAGGAUGCAGUGCAGUUGAUGGGCAGGGGUUACAUCUUGGCUUGGAAAAACUAUAUGAGAUGAUCCUCAAAAGAAAGAAAAUUGUGAAGCACAGCAAGAAAAAAAGAUGAGCAGUACGGGACAGUAUUAAGACACGGUUAUUGUGAAGCUCCUCAGUGGACUCUGUAUUAUCAUAGGAUUUUGCAGUGAAUCCCUGAAUGAAGACAAUGCUCCAGGUUGCCCAGUGUGCAGGAGAAAACAGAUUUGACCUUUAUGUGUCACACAGUAUUGAACUGCUUCCCUCCAUGCCUAGUAUUUGCUGUACAGCUCCCCUUUGUAAUCAAGGAAAAUGUGAUAGCAUUUAUAGGCUGUAGUAUCAACAGAAUUGUCCUUGCCUUUUUUCAUUGUGUCUUCAAGCAAGAAAGAAACUGAAUCAUAUUGCUUGGCAACUUAUUGAAUUUCUUUCAGAGGAACCUCACAGAGUCACCAUUUUCUUACAUAUGCUAGGUUGAUUGCCAGUGCCGAUAUAAUAAAGGGCCAUUUAAACGUUCACGCUAUGGCUGUGGAACUGAAGUCUUACGCCAAUCACUAAGAUUCACUAUUCACACUUGUGUGAUUUAAGUUUUAGUUGGAACACUUGUUUGUUUUUACAUGCUGUAAAUAGUUUUUGUAAUGCUGCAGAAUUAAUAAAUUAUUAAUGGCUUUG